CAAUAACACCCAAAAGAAGAAGAUGGAGGAGAAGAAGAAGAAGAAGAAUGAUUAAUGAGACCAUGCGGCCACCAGUUUUCUGGCCUCUGCUGCUGUGGAGAUCCAGGCCUCCACCAACCCUGCUGUGGUCGGGGCCACGUUGACAUUGUCUCUGUCUCCUCCACCAUCCAUGAAGAGGGGGAGCUGGACAGUGGGAAGCUCCCUCAUCCUCAACUGGGAGGCGGCCCAGGAGGCGGUGGUCCCCAGCUACAGCGGCAGGGCCACAGUCAACGUCCUCACCGGAGCUCUGACUCUGAGCUCAGUCACGGUGGCUGACUCAGGAGUCUACGUGGUGCAGAGCACUGACCCGCAGCUUCAGGCCACCACUUCCAUCUCCGUUCAUGAACCCAUUUCCAAUGUAACACUGAAGGCAAAUCAAACCGACUUCAUUGAGUUCAACGCUUCAGCAGUCGCUUUGUGCUCCGUCUCCUCUGGAUCCUCUCUCUUCUUCCUCUGGAUGAACGGCAGCUCCGAGGUCACGGCCAGCGACAGAGUUCAGCUCACUGAUGGAAACUCCUCCCUCACUGUCGUCAACGUGAGCCGCUAUGACCCCGGACCAUUCCGGUGUCGUGUGUCCAAUCCUGUCAGUAACGGCACCAGUGAUCCAGUAAAGUUUACCAUCAUCUACGGACCAGACAACAUGGCUCUCACAGUGAAUGGAUCCUUUUUAGUUGGAUCCAAUCUGACCAUGCUCUGUUCCGCUCAGUCCAACCCUCCAGCUCAGCUCCAGUGGGCUUUCAGAGGAGCUUUUCUGAACACGACCGGUCCACUGUUGGAGCUGUACGGCAUCACAGAGGAUCACAGUGGUCCCUAUUCCUGUGUGGCCUUUAACAAUCAGACCAACAUGAACAGCAGCAUCAGCUCAAACAUCGCAAUAACAAAGUCAGGAUCUAACCAACAGGCCGUCAAUGUGUGGCUCCUCUUGCUCCUGUUGUGGGCGGGAUUCCUCUUCUCAGUUCAAGGCAAGUUAGCAAAUAUUUGCAGAUCAGAAAGCGACUGUGACCACACAAUAUCGCCAGAUCUGAAUUCAUCACAGACAUUGUCAAGACCUGAAGCGAAACUGAGGAGAAUGGAGUCUUCAGUUGUGUUUCUCCUAAUCCUGGUCACAAUAACCUUUUCAACAGACUGCGGGUCCUGCCAGACAAUCGUUGCCUCUGAGAACCCCUUACCUGUGGGCAGCAAUGUGACACUUAGCAGCCAGACAAAUGUCACUCAAGGGGUAUGGCUGUUGAACAACAGCAUGAUUUUGAUGAUCUUUGGGGGAGAUCCUUUCAUAAAUGUGCUUUGGCGUAAUAGAGUUACAUUUAAUGCAACCAAUUCAUCGUUGAGCAUAAGGUCAGUGCAGCUGGCAGACUCUGGAGUGUACACGUUACAGGAACUGAAUGUUUUUCGUGCCGAGUUAACUCUCUCCGUUCAAGUGCCAAUUUCAAAUGUGACCCUGAUGGCAAAAGCAACCAAUCUGGUGGAGUUCAAUGACACAGCCGUCCUCAUGUGCUCUGUGUCCCACGGCACGUCCCUGUCUUAUGUUUGGCUGAUGAACAACACUGUGUUCAGUGGUGGAAAUGUACAGCUCAGUAACGGAAACGCCACCCUCACCAUAGUCGGCGUGACCCGCCAUGACGACGGGGCAUUUGCGUGCAUGGCGAUUAAUGGCAUCAGCAAUGCAACCAGUCCCCCUGUAUUUCUGAACAUCAGCUAUGGCCCAAGCAACACAUCGAUGAUGAUCACGCCCAUGAAGUCAGACCACAUUUACAGAACAGGAUCUAAUCUCACAUUGUCGUGCUCGACGCUCUCCAGUCCUACAGCAACGGUUGAGUGGAUGGUUAAUGGGGUGGCUCUGAAUAAAUCUGGCAGGUGGAUCCACCUCCACAACGCUGCAGAGAGCAACUCAGGAAAUUACAAAUGUGUAUUUCACAACCCUGUCACAUCCAGGUUCAGCAGCGCAAGUACAAUGAUCCAGAUUUUAGAUCCACUAGAAGCCGUCACAGUGAAUCGUAUUGGCGGACCGGCGAUACUUAAUAAGUCAUUCACUCUGCAUUGUGAGGUGACUGGAACUGUAAACAGAAUCCAGUGGUGGAGGAACUGGCAGCUUAUUGUUCCUGACAACACAACGAUCAUUGAUAUGAACAACAAGACGCUGACUCUAAACCCAAUCCAACAUUCAGAUAAUGGAGAUUACAAGUGUCAGGCUUUUAACGCUGUGAGCAACAUGACCAGCAGCCCUUACAGAGUGGAAGUGAAUUAUGGGCCGGAAAUGCCAACUAUCAUGGGACCUUCCUUGGUGAAGGCAGGAUAUAACAUCACACUCACCUGCAAUGCAUCAUCAAACCCUCCCGCCUACUACAGAUGGUAUUUCAAUGAAUCUCUCGUGGCUGAUACAGCUGAGUAUGUAACACCUCGUCUAACUGAGGAUAUGAGCGGGAUCUACACUUGCAAAGCCUACAACAACAUCACCAGCCAAAACAAGACCGCACACAAGAUGCUUACUGUUGUUGACCCAAUAACAGACGUCCGUGUAGAAACCCCAAUGUAUCCCCCCAAAGAAGAUUAUCCCUACAUGCUAACAUGCAAUGUGACCGGACCUGCUGAUCAUGUCUAUUGGAAGAAAAAUGACAGCGGACAUGGUUUCCUUGGAAAUAACAAGACACUCAGCUUCAACCCACUACACCGCAAUGAUACUGGAUAUUACAAAUGUAUAGCUAUGAACGCUGUUGGAAAUAUGUCUAGCCCUCUUCAUGAGCUCCUCGUCAAUUUCGGACCAGAACCAGCCGUCAUAUCUGGGCCAAGGUUUGCUGAGACAGGAGAGGUCGCAACCUUCAAAUGUUCCGCCAUGUCAGUGCCGUCCAGUCAGUUCAGCUGGUGGUUCAAUGGCACCGAAGUGGCCAAUACGUCAGUGUUUACGACCGAGCCUUUGUCUUUUAACAUGAGCGGAGAAUACACCUGCAUGGCGUACAAUCGUGUGACGAGAGAGAACAGCAGCGUUUCCAUUAUGGUCACUGUCAUUGAGGCCAUAGAGUCAGUGAUGAUCAACGCCAGCACUGUUCCAAUUUACUUAGAAACCUUCACUCUGACUUGUGAAGUCACUGGGCCCUACGACGCCAUCUACUGGAUGAAGAACAACACAGUUCUCAAUAUGAAUGCCACACAUUACCACAUGGAAAACAACAUGCUGCACUUCACCCCAGUGACAACAGACAAUGAUGGGACAUAUCAGUGUGUCGCUACCAAUAAGGCUGCUAAGCACAUAAGCCCCAAAUACACACUACUGGUGAAUUAUGGCCCUCUGAGUAUGGAGAUCAGUGGUCCAUUCGUAGGACUGGAUCUCAUUGUGUCACUGAUAUGCUCUGCUGAUUGUCAGCCUGACUGUGACUUUACCUGGUAUCUAAACAGCAACUCAACAGCAGUGAUACAGACUGGCUACGUUAUCACUUUCCCUGUAGCUCCAGCACAUUUUGGGAACUACAUAUGUGUUGCAAGAAAUCCAGUGACCAAGAUCACCAUGUACAAGUCGAAAUCCUUCACUGUGACGGGUCGCGCCCCAGGCGUCCACUUCUCAUCCGGAGGUGGUCUCUUGAUGAUGGGUCUGUUUGCUGUGUUCGUCCCUGUCCUGUUCACCUGAGUGCUCGACACUGACAAAUCUAUAGCCGGUGUGAAGAGCUCUUUCUCCCUCUACAGUCUAUUUAACAAACAUACUGCAGGGAACAUAUUCAACAUUAAUCAUAUAAUUUUCAUGCUGAUGUCCAAGAUUCAAAUUGUCUUAUUUUUGCAGUGCUUGCUUUGUGUUUUUUUAUGUUAACUGUUAACUUAAUUGGUGAGUUAAACUUGUAGGGUUAAUGUUGUGGUAGCUGCUGUGACUUUCCUGGAGCCAGUUUCAUAAAAAUAAUAUCUAUACACUUACAUAGUUUCCUCUGUUUUGGUUCUACUUGAAAUUAUUUUCUGUUGUGUGUAAUAAUAUUAAAACUGUAAGUAAAUGUAUAUUUGAUCAUACUUUGAUUAACUGUACUUAUUUUUUAAUCAAUAAAA